UCACAACAAAUCCAAUUCAGUUGAAAGCUCUUGCUAAGAUUGGCUGAUUUGGAUUUAGUUUGAGUUCAGUUAGAAGAGAGACAAUGGUGAAGUUGGAGUUCGGCAGCUUCGGCGACUCCUUCAGCAUCGGGUCAAUAAAGUCCUACUUGUCGGAGUUCAUAGCCACCCUCCUCUUUGUGUUUGCGGGCGUCGGUUCCGCGAUUGCCUAUAGUAAGCUCACGUCAGACGCGGCUCUAGACCCCGCUGGCCUUGUGGCGGUGGCAGUGGCUCACGCAUUCGCCCUGUUUGUGGGCGUUUCGGUUGCUGCAAACAUCUCGGGCGGCCACUUGAAUCCAGCUGUCACGUUCGGGUUGGCUGUCGGGGGACACAUCAGCAUCCUCACCGGCAUCUUCUAUUGGAUCGCCCAGUGCCUCGGCUCCAUUGUCGCGUGCCUCCUCCUCCAAUUCGCCACUAACGGAGAGAGCAUGCCAACCCACGCAGUCUCUUCAGGUAUGAGCAUGUUCGGAGGCGCGGUCAUGGAGAUCGUCAUCACAUUCGCCCUGGUCUACACGGUCUACGCCACCGCAGCAGACCCCAAGAAGGGCUCUAUCGGGAUCGUCGCACCCAUUGCGAUCGGGUUCAUCGUCGGCGCAAACAUCUUGGCUGCAGGCCCAUUCAGCGGUGGGUCCAUGAACCCAGCCCGAUCGUUCGGCCCAGCUGUGGUCAGCGGAGACUUCUCUCAGAUCUGGAUCUACUGGGCCGGUCCACUGAUCGGAGGAGGGCUCGCUGGGCUGAUAUACGGCGACGUUUUCAUCGCGUCCUACCAACCGGUUCCGCCAUCUAACGACUAUGCUUGAUGGGGCUUUUUUAUUUUUUUUUCUCGACUUUGGGCCUUCAAGCGGUUUGAUCCUGAUGUCUUGUUUUUCCUGGAUUAUGAAUGUCUUUUUUUUUUUUCUUUUUUUCUUGGGGUUGCCUGCAAAUGAAUUGGAAUUGGGUGCUUUUCAAUGUGUCUAAAUCUGCUCAAGAAUGAAAUGUACAAAAGUAAAUAAUUGCUACC